UUGAACAAGUGUAACACGACUGCAAGGUGUUAGUGUUUGUUGCAUUCCUCUUUCCGGUGCGUAAUAGUGCGUCCGAGAGCCCGUCGUGCGAAGAUUAUUAUUAGGCAAUUGACUAUCUCUCGGUGACGAACACAGCUACGACGACGUACGACAUUGCGCGAAUGCGACGAAAAACAAGCAAGAAAGAUCAAUUUUCCGUGUAGACAGGGUCAGAGUGGCGUAAAAAGAAAAUCAGUGAGCACUCUGAAGGAAGGCGAAAAUCGUUCAGAAGUUUGUUGUUUGGUGUAAAUCAGUAAUGGCGUGUUUUGUUUCCUUCGCUGCACUGCCAAUGACCUAGAGUAUUUGCAUUUGAUGGUUAAAUGCCAUCAGCUGCCGAGGCACCAACCUCCGUUCCGCAUACCCCCCGAUGGCAUCGAUCCGUCGUGAUAGGAGUGACAGCAGUAGUGUGACUUCGAAACACACGGCCAGCAUACGGCUGGAGAGAAGAAAGUUAGGCAUAAUUUUUGUUCCACUGCGUUUUGCCCCAAAAGGGUAGUUUGAGGGGAUUCGGAAUUGCAUGGUGUGCUCAUUCAUAAUUGUCGACGCAUAGAGUGUGUGCGUAGUACGUGCGUGCGUCGUGCGGCAGUGUGUGUGCGAUAAAUGAAAAACGUCAGUGCAUUUGACAGAAGCAGGUAAAGAGGAAGAUGCAGAAGCUAGGAGAAGCAAUGAAGAAAGGCAUGGAUGCAGCAGUAGGAAAGGAUUAUUGAUCUUCUCACGGUUUCUACUUUUCCUUUAAUGUGUUGUUGUUGUUGUUUAGUUUUCCAUCAGCUAGUGCCAGCAGCAUAAGCAGCAGUCGGAACAGCUUACAAAGUCGAAGCAAGCAACUGUAAAACCAUGCACGUAUAACACUGCAAAAGUGGAUAGUGUGCGUUGAAAUCGUGUGUGGAAGAAAUGCAAACAAAGGUGAAUAAGUACAGAUGCACAAUCUUCACCGUACCAUCAUCAUAGUGCUAAUGGGUGUCCACGAAAAGCUGCACAAGAAGUGUGUGACCCAAGUGCGUCCCUAAGCCCCGAUCCCGUGAUGUAAACCCGUUCCCGUUUUAUAGGUGUCGCCCAUUUCAGCAACAACAGCAACACCAACAAGAUCACCACCAACAACAAAAUUGCUUGAUGAAUGCGUGAAUAAAUUCUGUUUUCGUAAGCGAACCCAUCCGUCGAACCGUGGGCGGGUGCUCCCUGAUAGUGUUCCGGGGGAAUGUUUUCGUCACGUUACUAAAGCUACGUAAAACCUUUUUACAGCCACAGACGACGUCGUUUACGUUGGUGAAAAGUGUCCUAGGAAGAGAAUCAACACCGCAAUGGAAUAAUCGAUCCUUGGGUGGUUGACACACACAGCAAAGAUUUUCCAGCUGUCAAUAAAAGUGUUUACUAGAUUGGUGUGAGAGAGCAGCACCAGACAACCGCGUAAUUCACACACACACAACGCACUACCGCAACGCUAUUCUGCCGCCUCUCCCGGCCUAUAGUGCGUCUGGUGUCAAAACAUCCGAUCGACAAAACACGUUUUUGCCUGGGGUACCGUGACACGACGAAACGGGUAGAUUGCGCGUUGGUGUGUGAGUGUGUUUUUGUGCUUUUUGUGUGAAGGCGAUUGCGUACGUGUUUGUGUGUGUGCGUGUGUGGUUUGUGCUUUUUCUGUAGCUAGUUGUAAAACACCUCCGUACGUGUUUUGGUGCGUGUUUUCGACAUUCACAAGAAGUCGUGCGUUAGUGAAAACAUAAUUGGUGCAACAAGGAACCGCAUUCCGGCUUCCCGGAAUUCCCGGACCGUGAGGGAUCUGGAACGACGGAUAAACGGGCAGAUGAGCAGAAGCAGCAGUAUGGCCGAAAACACGGUCUCCAACAGCCUACCACCGUCGUCUGCCCAGUCAAAGGUCACGGUCGGGGGGAGCGGCGCUGCCUCCGGCGUAGCAGGAGGAAUGCAUCAUCAUCAUCAUCAUCACCAUCAUCAUCACCACAAUCAUCAUAAAUCGAUGGACAUGGGCGGAACAGGCAAAGCAGGAGGUGGAAGUAAACAUCACACUAAUGUAAUUCACCGGACUACGAGUGAAAGUUUACGAUUGGGUGGUGGAGGAGUCGGGAGUGGCUCAUCAAUGAACAACAGUGUAAGCGGCAGCGGUGGCGGAUCAACGAUGGGCACUGGCGGUAGCGGUGGUGGAAACGGCAACAUUGGAAGCAAUGAAAACUCUGUCAGCAGCAGCAUGCUAAAUUCGUCCACAUCGGCGAACAGUAUUUCGCGAAAGAGUGGCAGCUCAUCGACAAGCGGUGGCGGUGGCACCGGGCAUGGCGGGGCUGGCGGGGGUAUCGGUGGUGCUACUGGACCCGGUGGCAAAACGUCGUCCUUCACGAUCACAUCGGUGAUCGUUGGUACGGGAAAGCACAGUGCCGACAACGGUGACGAUUCGGCGGAUGAUCUAGAUGAGUCACACACCGAUGACAAUAGCCGGAUAACGGACUUUGAGAAUGAAACUCCAAGCUUUUCGGAGGACACCUUUAGCAAGGAAGAUGUGUUCUUUACGAACGCGAUCGGAAGUGUGCCAGUCAUUCCGACAAGUUCGCAGUACGGGUUGGCGAUCGUAGCGCCGAAUGAUCGAACACAUGGUGGGGAAGUGCUGGCCGAUGCGAUGCACGUCAGCGUUACAGAUGGCGGCAUUAACAUAAUGGGGCACGGCAAGGGUGAAAUGAGCGACGGGAAGGAGCUCCAUCAUCGGAACGAGCGGUUUAAGGUGGUCAAAAUCGAAAGCACCGAACCAUUCAAGCGUGGCCGGUGGGUGUGUAUGGAUUAUCUCGAUCAUACAACGCUGCAGCAACCGAAGGAAAUCUCUACCGGUGCGGAGGGUAACGAAACGACUGGUGGUACCAAUGCAUCCGUCACAACGCAGGACAGUGGCGUUGGCAUGAACGAUAAUGCUAGUUUCGCACCUUCGGACGGGACGAUUGCCGGUGAGCUGACCAGUAUAGAUUACCAUCCGAACGCGGUCAGCUCAUCACCGGUUGUAGUGGGUAGUUCGGUAGCCGCCUCGACAUCGACGACUACCAGUUCCAAUGUAAGCAGUGCGUUACACGGAAUGCUAAACAACGAAUCUCCCGGCCAGAGUCUAAAUCUUCCUCUUGGCGGUGGAAACGCAAGUGGAGGAGGAGCAGGAGUGGCUGGCGGAACUGCUGGCAACACUACAACUAGUCACGUGCAGUCUAACGCUACGGGCCAAGGCAGCGGCACUGUUGGCGGUGGGGCAGGAAUACCGCACAGUUUACCUCAGUCGCAGCUUCAGAAUGCGCUGGCGGGCCAGCAACCGCAGCAACCAAACGCAGCAUACUCGCAAGGACAGCAAGGACAAUCCCAAUACUAUCCCCACACGAUGACGAAUCUGGCUGACCUGAAUCAGCAGUCUGUAUCGAACCCACAAGCGCAUCAACACCAUCAACACGGUGCUACUCUUCCAAGCAACAUGCAAAUUCACCCGCAAUCACAACCUCCCCAGCAGCAGCAGCAACAACAACAGCAACAGCCCAGCAACACUGCUGUCUCUUCCAAUAACAUUCUUCCGCCACUGGUCGCGCCGAUCCCAACAUCACAGGAGAUGAACAUUAUCAUCAACAAUCCGACCAUCCAAUCGAGCUUCCCAUCGCCCCACCAGCAGUUCAAGCCACAGCAACCGCAGCAAACUGCCUCUCAGACGAACUCGCCCGUCGUUGUUCCCACGUCUCUGCUCGACAACAACACGACCGUCACUGGCGCCGCCGGGGAAAGCGUUCCCCUUAACAAUGGCACCACGGGAACAACCAUUCUGUCCCCAUCCGCCGGCACGGGCAAUGCAGUUUCUGCCAUCUCGACGACCGGUGGCGGCAGUGCUCAUGAUACAGCUGGCUCUGUAUCGAUCGUCACGGAUCCACUGUUGAAUUCGUCACCGUCAGCCACCUCUUCACCGGUGACUUCGUCCGCUCAGAUAAUUCCACAACCGGCAACGUUUGCACCACCAUCUGGUGGUGCUGGUGCUUCGUCCGCUUCCAUCGGUGAUCCUUCCUCCACGGUUGCUGCUACGGCCCCGAAUUCCGUUACUAGCGGUAGCAACAACACUGCUGUCGGUGGUAGCACUACCACGAACGGGACAAACUGUGUCGUCGCGGCCGGAUCGCCGUCGUCUACCGGUGCUAUCGGUUCCGCCAGUUCGAUCCCCGUUGCGUCGGUCGCUGGGAGCUCGGGCACCGAUCAGUUGUCGUCGGAAGCGAAACUACUGUCAGCUGUUUCCGGUGUUACGGCUGGAACCGCUGCUGGUGAUGGGGAGGAUCCAGACAAGGCGAACGCUGAAGAUGGUGAAAGCAGCGGGUUGCAGGCGCAGCAGCAACUGCCGUCUCUGCCAUCUGCAAAGCAACAGCAGCAGCAACAGUUAAGCGCAAACGCUUUUCCUGAUGCAAAUGUAUCGAAUGACAACUUCCAGAAUGCUUCGCUAGAUCGUGGCGUUAUGCAGGCAGCACUGCAGCCACAUAUCGCUCAGCAGCCACAGCAAAUGCCACAACAGCAGCUGCCGCAACAGUAUCAGCAAUAUCAUGCUCCGUUGUAUCACGAUAAUGCAGAAAAGCUAUCGAAAGCAUACUCACUGCCACCGUCCAUGAGUGCCGCGGCGAAGGAAUCGCUUCGGAAGGAACUUGCCCAAAGUCGGCUGGAACAGCAGCAGCAACAGCACGCAGCCCGCAAGUUCCAACCUGUUGCACGCGCUUUCAAUGUUGUUAUUACCUCUAGCGGCACGGCAGGGACCACUAAUCCUUCCAGCACAACGCACGUUUCGGGUCAGGCGAACACCAGCAACAUCUACACCGAUAUUGCACUGGGGAAAAGCAUCCAAAACCUCAUGAAACCCACGCCAAUACUGGCAACGGCAGUGUCCAAUCGCUUGGUCGGCGGAUCGUUGACACGUUCAAUCGGUGCCCUCGGGUCUUGUCAAGAGCUGCCGGAAGGCACAUCGGCCCAGGAAGCAACGGGUUACUGUCGAGCUGCCAGCAGUCUGCUCGGCAAUUUCACCGGCAGCAACAGCGUGAGUGCGUGCACAGCAACGCAUCCGCACCGUUGUGUGCAAGAUUUAAUCAAAGAGGAGCUGGGCGGCAAUCGGCUGAGUAAGGCAGGAAGCAUGAUUAAUAUGAGCACCGAUUCGGAUCUGUUUACCGCCGGCGGUUCACAGUCGCAUCCUGCCUCGGGACGCUCGAGUCCAGCGUUCAUGCAAGGAACAACACCGGUUGGUAGUCCGCCCCGAUACCUGAACACCCUCGGUCCUUCGUACAGUGGCGGAGGAAGUGCCCGCGUAAGCAGAGCUCCCUCGCCCUCUGUUCUUCAUGCAAGCGCUGGUGGCGAACACGCAAGCGCUUCGGGAACAAGUGCGGUCGCCAUCGAUAACAAAAUCGAGCAAGCAAUGGAUCUGGUCAAAUCGCACCUUAUGUUUGCCGUUCGCGAAGAAGUUGAAGUACUGAAGGAGAGGAUAUCCGAGCUGAUGGAUCGCAUUAACCAGCUCGAGUAUGAGAACAACAUUCUCAAAGCGAACGCAUCCCAGGAAACAUUGGCGCAACUGACGACCGGCGGUAGUAACGUGACAGCCGCGCCAGCAGUUACAGCAACAGUGACACAGCAGGUCACGACGGCCCCUACCGCCAAUGCCGGUUCCACCAAAGUACCAACCUCCUCGGCAAACCCUGCCAACGGUUCUGUUUCCUAAGCUUAGCGUUCCAAACCAGCCGUUAGACGUACACUUGACAUAAAGACUAUAAUUACUACUACUACUACUAGUACUAACCGAAUCAAGUAGCAUCAUCACUGAGAGAGCAUCCUAUGCGUGUAGAGAAGCCGCAGAUAUUUCGGGUUAAAAGAGCUCCCGCUCAACGCUACUCGAAACUAUUGGAACAAAAUAGGUCCACAUCCUACGUUUUUGCGAUGCUUCUUCCUAGUCCAGCGGGUAACUGACUCUCUGUGAUUGUUGAAGUGAGCGGACAGAAGUGUUCCCACUCCGACACUGGUUGUCUCCGGAAGGAGAAGCCUUGUGUGAGCUGAUGCUUUUCGAUACAGCAACUUCAAUUCCAAGUCCCUGUUUAGUAUUAACGUUAUUGCACACCGAGACCCGCGCGGUUCAUGUUUGCACAUUAGCUCGAAAGUGGCGGUUCGCGUCACCGAAUGCCGGUUCGGGUUUGCAGAAGUGGCAGCAAGGUGAAUUGAACAAUUAUACGUGCACCCACGACUCGCGGAUAUAUCUAAGGAUCAGCUAAAUGAGAAUAUGGAACGUUUCAUUUAGCUAAUUCGACGAUAGCGGAAAAUGACGCCAAACACACUAGAAAUCGAAGCUAUACAAACAUGCGGCCGUGGUUGCUGCAAAUGUGUAGACGAAGCACGAAUAGUGAAGGAAUCCCGAAAGAAGAAUCUAACAUAAUGUUGCCAAUGGUAGUUGAAAACAAGUAGCUAAGCAUUCUCAAACCCGUAUGAAGCGUAGCACCACUUCGUAGAAGUAGGGGGUUAAGGUAAUGUUUAUUGGUUUAUAAAGCUGAACCAUUAACCAUCUCGACCAAAAAAAAGGCAUCGAGUAAAACAGCAAGGCGACCAGUAAAAGUGCAGGCCUAUUUAGUUGAAACGAUAGAAGAAUAACACACUCACACAAACAGUUGUCUAAAUUUUAUAUGGUAUAGCUUGGCGCACGAAAUACAAGCAACCAGAUUGUGUAGGGAUGGAAAGACAACAGGUUAGCGAAACGUUGCAGAACGCGGAAAGAAGCCAACAAACGGAACUGAGAUACGUUAAAAUGUGAUUUAAUGAUAGGAAGUGACUAGUGACAAGUGAAUAAGGCAAAGUGUUGUUGUUAGUGGGAAAGCAGAUCGCACCAUACAUUUAGCCGACUCCCAAAGCAAGUAGGUUAUAAAACGCACCGGAGAGUAAUAAACGAACGCCGUAACAUAUGCUGGCCGUAACUCAGCAUUAUUCAAACUAUGUGCUUUUAUUUCAAAGUAUUGAUAUGUACUGUGUUUUAGCCUUUGGAGUUUUAUCUACCUAGGUUGCGUCUUUUUGUAAUUAUUGGCCGUCACUGAAAAAAAAGUAAAGAAAUAUGCAGUUUAAAGUUUAUUGGCUAUUUACUUUUCGCUGGCAACUACGAAAAAAAAACGAUCGCUGCCCCUUCGCCGGUCCGCACGAGUGAUGUUACGCGAAGUAAUGUAGCAAACAGCAAUGAUAGGACGACAGAGAGAACGAAUCCUCCCGGCUACAGUUGUUUAGUACUGGUGGAAGUAAUACUUUGUUAAAUUAUUUUCUUUUUAUAGUUUUCCUGUUUGAUCUACUAGUUCGUUGAUCUUAGUGCAAAACCCAUCAAAACAUAAGGAAAAGGUGUAUCACAAGAAAAAGCAGGUCUUUGUGUGAGUUACUAGGAUCCGAAAAUUCAACAAGGAUUAAGAAAACAGCUGGUUAAAGGCAAAUAAAUGUGAUUCGUUUGUACAUAAUGAUGAUAGGGAAUGUUUAACAAAAAAAAGAGAUUUAUCGAGCCGGAAGGCACGACGCAGAGUACCAUUCACGUUCAUGCCAUGGGCGUCCGAGAUAGGUAUAGAGUAUACAUGUAAUAAAAAAAACACUUCCGGACCGUAAAUCGAUUGGCAAGCAAGAAGUAUGUGAUCGAAAGGAUCGCUAGGUGUUUACGGCCCGUGCUUUUUUAUUGUUUGUGUUUUUAUCCCGUGUCCGUAGUCUAAUUGGUACCAAGUACCAGGCGCCUGCACGGAAUCAAACGAAAGUAAUAAAAAUCAGCUACUGUUAUCAUUGUUCCGUACCGCAAGCAGAACACAGAACCAUGCAAAAACUGACGGUCGUCGGCACUACUGUACUAGUGGCCCAACACUCAACAAAUUAAUUCAACUCUGAAGCGUGCCGUGCUGGUAUAAAACAAGUAACAAAUCAAGUCACACAUACAUGAAUGCAAGCACAUAGCAUCAUAUUUAAACACCGUAAACAAGUAUCAACACACACACACGCAUUCGAACGAUCGUUUUGAAGAAUAGGAUAUGAUAAGGAUGAAUGUUUAGCAAACCACUCAAGUUCAUCUCGCCUCAUAUGUUAUAUAUUUUUAUCGAACAAUGCAACACAAUACGAUGUGAACAGCAUGGUGGUUCAAGCAACCAGCAGGCUAAUGGAUUCGAAGAAAAGAAAAACAAAGUCAUGAAAGCAUAAAUAGUAGAUUACCCUUAUUGCUUGUCAACCGCGCCUAGCGUUUAAGUUUAAUAGGAAAAGAAAAAUCCAUUUAAUUAAAACUCCUACUCGCAGGGUUAGGAAAACAAUAGAGACAGAAAACUGAAGGGAAGUUACACACAUUAACGGAUAAAACAAGACGGCUGCAUUGUUUUAGCAUGUGCCUGUAGCAACGGUGAAAACAUUUAGCUUCUGCUUUUUGUUCGAACAGAAAUGGUAGAAAUAUUGUUUCCGAUUCUAUCGCUUUAAUUUCCUCGGCGAAAGCAUGUCCCCUUUUAUUUACAUUGUUUUAUUUAUUGCAACAAAAGGUCCUAUCGAAAUAAUCCUACUCUAAUGCAAAAUAAAAUACCAAAAAAAGGAACAAAAACUGAAUCGAACCUACUAUAUUGCAAUGGCGUGCUGACGCCAUUAAAGGAAGGAAAAAACAUGAAAGUACUGAAAAAAGAAACGGAUUAUAAUAAAUCAAAAUACAAUCAAUUAAAA